UUCUUUCCUCGAUUCCAUUUCCUUCACGAAGCAAAGAAAGAAGUAAAACCAUGGCGGCUAACUAUGCGAGAAGAACCCUACAAAUCUCUUCCAAAACCCUACUGAGCUGUACUUCAUCUUCAUCUUCAUCUUCAUCUUCGUCAACUACUUUCGCUUCCAAAGCUUCGAGAUUGAGUGGGCUUGGGCUCGCCUCUGCUGGGCCCAACUCUGCUUCCCGACUCUCUGUUCACAAGCGCAUACUCUCCAGGCUUCCUGUGGAGUUGUCUGGUGUGCAGCAAUCUCUAAUGCCAUUGCAUAGUGUUACUGCUUCUGCAUUGUUAACUUCAUUGCUUUCUGUGUACAAUGACAACUGGGGGUGUCUAUCAGAAGGAUUUGCAACAACACUAUAAUAUGGCCAACGCGUUCUUGUUCUAGGUACCACCCAAAAGUUCUGCAUCAUAUUUUGUUUAAUUGUAUGUUUCUAAUUUUGCUGAACUAGAUAAUUAGCUUUUGCAAGAGAUGGUUACCCCUCUCUCUCUUUGUUUUUUGAGUUUUUCACUGUGUGAUGAUGAUGGUGACAUUCACCUUCACUAUAUUUACUGCUUUAGUGUUCUGAAAAGGAAUGGGUCUUUCCCAAUGAGUAACACUGCAAUUUGCCAAAUUUUAUUUUCCAGCAUAAUUGGUGAAUAAUUUUGUAUGGUUAUAUUUCGGAUUCACCUUCAAGGGAAAAUAUGAAACACGAUUUGUACCAUGGAUUAUGGAAUACAUAAUCAUUAUUAUCUUCAUCAACAAUUCAAGAUGAGA